UGCGCCACGACCGCCGAAGCCGCAUGCGUCCGGGCUCGCUCAAGAACACCGUGCUGACGGUCUUCUUCUCGCUUAUGUCGAUGGGCUGCUGUACCUUCUCGAUGAUCUACCCCGCGUGGUUCAUGCAAAAGUACAAGGAGACGACGCCGGACGUCUUCCAGGGCUUUGGCAUUUUCGCCUUUCACUCGACGGGGGUGCUACAGACGCCCUUCUUUGCGUCCACGACAACGCUCGAGUACUCGGACUUUUGCGCCAACCAAAAGGCUGGCGUGCAGGCCCCGAAUUGGAUGCUCGGCGGCGCGCCGCAGCUUCAAGUCAUUCUCUGUGGCAUGCCAAUCAAGGGCAUCCAGUACGUCAUCAUGUUCGCCGUCGUCUUUGCGACCAUCUCGCUCCUCGCGUCAAUUGCGGCCACGUUCCAGCCGCAAGCCGGCUGGGCCGAGCGCAUCGUAUCGUCGGCGACGCUCGCGGCCUCAUGCCUCUUGCUCGCAGCUCUGAUUUGCUGGGCGCUCCAGAUCCAGCAAAAGAUGCUGCAGAUCGACGUGCUCUCGUCCGGGUACCAGGCGUGCAAGAGCGUCAAGGGCGACGGCUCCAAGUGGAGCUGCUGGUUCUACGGCUACAGUUUUUGGGCCGCGAUCGGCGGCGUCUGCGGCAUGCUCUGCACCAUGUAUGCGAGCUCGGCCGGCCGCGCGGAGAAGAUUCGCCACUUCCGCAACCUGUACGAGCAAGACCUCGCCAUCGCCAUGCAGGCGUCGGCGGGCCAAACGCCGGGCACGACCACGAGCGCCUACACGGCGCCGCAGUCGGAGAAGCCUAUCGUCCAGCCGUCGGUGCAAAACCACCCGGGCUUUGCGCCGUCCGAGCCCCACGCCAACUCGAUCUCGUCCUACGAGCCUGGGUUCCAGCCGUACGGCCAACCACCGCCGCCAAACAACACGGGCCCCUACACCUCUGGCUACGGCGCUCAACCAGCGUACGGGUACAACACAAAUGCAUAUGGCCAGCCCCACACCAAUGGUGCAUACCAACAGCCCGUCCAACCCGUUGUUGGAGGCAGUGGUUAUGUCCGAGGUGGCAUUGUCUAGAUCGACGAAAUAUGACGAGUAGAUAUAUUAUUAUCUUAUAAACAUGAAACAUUGUGUACACAAGUUGGUAGGAGAUGCAAC